GCAGCUCCUAGCAGCUGGGGUUUCCCUCACCUCUUGAGUGGCCAUGUCUAACCCCACCGCCCCGCCUCCAUAUGAGGACCGCAACCCUCUGUAUCCUGGCCCUCCACCCCCUGGAGGCUAUGGACAACCAUCUGUUCUGCCAGGCGGAUACCCUGCCUACCCUGCCUACCCACAGCCUGGCUACGGUCACCCUGCUGGCUACCCACAGCCAAUGCCUCCUAUGCACCCGAUGCCCAUGAACUAUGGCCCUGGUGGCUAUGAUGGGGAAGAGAGAGCUGUGAGUGACAGCUUCGGGCCUGGAGAGUGGGAUGACCGGAAAGUACGACAUACCUUCAUCCGAAAGGUCUACACCAUCAUCUCAGUCCAGCUGCUCAUCACAGUGGCCAUCAUUGCGAUCUUCACCUUUGUGGAGCCAGUCAGUGCAUUUGUGAGGAGGAACGUGGCAGUAUACUACGUGUCCUAUGCCGUUUUCAUUGUCACCUACCUGACCCUCGCCUGCUGCCAGGGACCCAGACGCCGGUUCCCGUGGAACAUCAUCCUGCUCACCCUCUUUACUUUUGCCAUGGGCUUCAUGACGGGCACCAUUUCCAGUAUGUAUCAAACCAAAGCCGUCAUCAUUGCGAUGAUCAUCACAGCAGUGGUGUCCAUUUCCGUCACCAUCUUCUGCUUUCAGACCAAGGUGGACUUCACCUCCUGUACAGGCCUCUUCUGUGUCCUGGGAAUUGUGCUGAUGGUGACUGGGAUUGUCACUAGCAUUGUGCUGUACUUCAAAUAUAUUUACUGGCUCCACAUGCUCUAUGCUGCUUUGGGGGCCAUUUGUUUCACCCUGUUCCUGGCUUACGACACACAGCUGGUCCUGGGGAACCGGAAGCAUACCAUCAGCCCGGAAGACUACAUCACGGGUGCCUUGCAGAUCUACACAGACAUCGUCUACAUCUUCACCUUUGUGUUGCAGCUCGUGGGGGAUCGCAACUGAAGCACCCCAUUUCACACACCCUGGCCUUUCCCUUCCCUGGAGGGCUAGGCCCUGGGCCUUGGUUCUGGGCCUCAGGCCUCUUCUUACCCUCACGUAAUAUGUCCAGUUUUCUUUCUGUCCUAGGGAUGGGUGGCCUCUAGCUGGGGAUGUAUGGGAACCUGAGGGGCUCAAGUUGCUGAGAACUCUUGCCCUUGGUAGGCCAGGCAAGGACUAGGCUGAAGUUUUGUCUCUGCCUUCCACACAACUCUUAGCAGCUACGGUUGUGUCUAUGUGUGAAAGGAGCUUCUUUUAUUGUCAAAAGGGAAUAUGAACAUGGAAGGGCCUUCAAAGAUGAAGAGAUUCAUCUCCCUCCUUUGCCACAGGAUCCUAGGCCAGGUAGCCAGAACUGUUCUCUCCUAAACCCCAAAAAGCCAUAUAGCCGUGUCACCAGCACCUGGACUCACAGGACUCUACCCUGCACUCCCUAGGCUUGGCACCUCUUAGCUCUGGAUGAUAGAAGAGCUCUGCACCCAGAGCCUCUGCUCCAACUUCAUGUUUCAGUAACAUGUAUAUAUUGUUUAUCUAGAUUAGGGGUGGGGGAAGAGAGAAAGCAAAGUAGAACAUAGGGCCCAAUCCAGAGCAAUAUCUAUCCUGGGCUUCUUUCAGGCUUGGAUGGUGGUAGAGAAUAGCCACUGGAGCCAUCUAAGUCCUGUUCUUCAAACCUACUUGAGGGCUGCUGAGAUCUUUUGUCACAGGAGCCUUUCUCCACACAGUUGCUCAGAGAAGAAAGUGGGGAGGGAGGCCGAAGGUCUGCAAAACUGGUUUGUAAGAUCUCAAGCGUGACUGGGAAGCAGGGUGAGGAGCCAUAGUGGGAACAGGGGAAAUGCCUUAGGGUCCACUGGUCUGAGAAAUACUGAAGCCGGCUAUGGUACCCAAGGAGACUGUGUGUCCUUUCCUCUGCUCACCCAGGGAGGGUCCUGGGUGGAGAGUGAUGUCCUUUCUCCAUCUGGUCUGACCUUCUGCUGGAGGGUUUUAGACUGAAGCCCUGACUGCCACCAGCCACUGCUUUCUUCGUAAUACAAGUGCCUGAAGCUGGGAUGGAGGUUGGGGACAUCAGCACAAGGAUAUCAUUAUAACUUCUCUAUUGAGUAGUUGAUCCUAAAUAUAUCACAUGAAGAGGUAUCAAUUCGAAAUGUAAUAUAGUCCUGUGUUUAGAAGUUAAA